AUGGCGGCUGAGCAAAACAUUCUGUUAGACCCCAGCAUCCGGGACUGGGUGCUAUUGCCUUUGAUUGUGAUUGUCCUGUUCAUGGGUGUGCUGCGCCACUACGCCGGCAUCCUCAUGAACUCCUCCUCCAGGCCAGAUAUGGUUCGCAUCUGCAACGUGAACAUUCAGAAUUACGGCCGCCUACUACUCAGUGGCGGUGCUGUACUGUCGCCUGAGUCCUUCAAGCACCGGGCGGAGCACAUGCUGAAUGGCAUGCUGAAGAAGAAGGUGGAUCCGGUCAACCCGAUGGAGAUGAUGAACGACCCGAACCUCAUGUCGGGUUUACUAAAGAACCAGUUCAUGAUGAUGGUGCCGAACAUUGGUAUGAUGAUGCUGGUCUCAUACUUCUUCUCCGGCUUUGUGGUCGCCAAGUUUCCGUUUCCCUUGUCGCACCGCUUUCGGGAGAUGAUGCAGCGCGGACUCGAGAUCGAUGUGCUGAACUGCAACUACGUCACCUCCCUCAGUCUCUACUUCCUCAUCAUGUCCGGCAACCAGGGUCUGCUGGAGCUGCUGCUCGGUGAGGAUGUCGAGGCGGAAGGGACUAAUGCAAUGAUCAUGCAGCAGAUGCCGCAAGCCCCGGCUCAGCCGGUGGACUUCGCCAAGGUGUUUAAGCAGAUUGCUGACGAGUUGGAAUUUGUGAAGGACCGCCACCGGUGGGCCUACGGAAACGCCGCGGACGUUCUUCUGAAGAAGUGGCGCUCGCAGAAGCGCGCGAAGAGCGCGGCGGUGAAGCGCAGAUAG